AUGAAAUUCUUAAUAAGACGAUUAAAGUUGGCAUAUGCUCUUGAGAAACCUUGUCCUGAGGCUCCCAGUUCUGAGGUAGCAACGGACGAGGCUACUUUAAUUAAAGAACAAAUUGCCAAAUGGCAAGAUGAUGAUUACUUAUGCAAGAAUUAUAUUCUUGGGGGAAUGUCCAAUAAAUAUUAUGAUCAAUAUUAUCUUAAGUGCAAAUUUGCUAAGGAGAUUAAGGAUACUCUUAAAGCUAUCCAUUUAACAGAAGAGGCGAGUUCAAAGAAAUUUCUUGUUUCAAAUUAUAUGAAAUUCAAAAUGGUUGAUGACAAGUCAAUCACUGAACAAGUACAAGAAUUUCAACUUGUAGCUAAUAACAUUGCUAUAUCUGAAAUUGCUCUUGAUGAAAACUUUCAUGUUGGUGCUAUUGUCUCAAAACUUCCUCCAUCUUGGAAGGAGUACAGAAGCAAACUCUUGUACAAGAAGGAAGAUUUGACUCUUGCACAAUUAUUGCAACACUUGCAAAUUGAACAAGAGACACGAUAUCGUGACAAUAACAUCUUGAAACAACCUAUCAAGAAAGCUCAUGUUGUUGAAGAAAAAUCUACCAAGAAGGAACCUGACAAUAAUAAAUUUUGA